AUGAAAAGUUUUGAACCGCUGAAGAAGAUGAAGAAAAUUGGCAACCGACUGGGUACGCUGCUCAUCAGCUCUGGGAAGACAGAAAAAGAGUUGCCUGUAGAACAGAGUAUCUCGGGUUUGGCUGACAUCUUUGAGAACAAACAUGAUGAUGUUGCUAGCUCAGAUGCACCAAUAUUGUGUGAGAACCAGAAUGCAGAGUGUUCUAAUAAUGAAAGCAGUAAUGCUAGCACAAAUUCAUUGAUGAGUACCAGUACUAAUUCAUUGAUGAACAGUACUAGUACUAGUAGUCAUUCAAGAAGUCCUUUUGGAUGUGGUAUCUGUCUUGAAAAUCUUUUCCUGGAAGACUCAUUCUAUGUCGAGGGCUGCGACCAUCUUUACUGCAGGCAAUGCCUUGUUAAAUUUGUAGAGUCCAAUAUCCAAAACAAUGUCACAUCCAUUGGAUGCCCUGAGCCGGGAUGCAUGGGAGUAUUAACCCCUGGGUACUGUCGUCCAAUCCUUCCUAAUGACAUCUUUGCUAGGUGGAUUCAUGCCUUAUUUGAUGAUAAUGGGGAAUCUUCUAAUCCUAAAAGUAAUAGUACUAGUACUGGUUCAUUUAAGAGUGUUACCAGUACUGAUGAGCCAGUGUCCAAGCUCCAAGACAAUGUUACAUCCAUUGUGUGCCCAGAAAGAGGCUGCAGAGGAGUCUUAAACCCUGAGUACUGUCGCACUAUUCUCCCAGAUAGCAUCUUUGAUAGCUGGGUAUUUUUAUUGGAUCAACAUGGGCAAUCUUCAAAUCCUGACAGCAAUGAUGCUAUUACUUUUACAUGUGAUAUAUGUGGGGAAGCAAUUCUUCAUCUGGAAGACUCAUUUGACAUAAAGGGUUGCAAUCAUUUUUACUGUCGCCAAUGCGUUGUUGGUUUCAUAUCAUCCAAGCUCCAGGAGAAUGUGACCUUUAUUGAGUGCCCUGAACCAGGCUGCAGGGGAGUGUUGGAUCUUGAGCACUGUCGUCCAAUUCUUCCAAACAAAGUCUUUGAUUUGUGGGUUCAUGCCUUAUGGAAUCAAAAUGAGCAAUCUGCUAAUUUUGAAAUUUAUAAUGCUAGUACUUUCAUAUGUGAAUUCUGUGUUGAGGCAGUUGGUCUCGAAGAGUCAUUUAGUGUCAAGGGUUGCAGCCAUUUCUACUGUCAGCAAUGCAUUGUUAAUUUUGUAGUGUCCAAGCUCCAAGAGAAUGUGACAUCCAUUGAGUGCCCUGAACCAGGCUGCCAGGGAGUGUUGGACCCCGAGUACUGUCGUCCAAUCCUCCCAAAUGAUGUGUUUGAUCGGUGGGGAAAAGCUCUGGUUGAAAAUCUGAUCACUGGAUCUGAGACUUUGAAAGCCUUCUACUGUCCCUUCAAGGAUUGCUCAGCUAUGUUGAUUGAUGAUGGUAAUAAGGUUAUACAGAAAUCAAAGUGUCCAUAUUGUAAGAAAGUGUUCUGCGCACAGUGUAAGGUUCCUUGGCACGCGAAGAUCGACUGUGUGGAGUUUCAGAAGUUGAAUGAAGAUGAGAGGGGAAGGGAAGAUAUCAUGUUAAGGAACCUUGCGCAGAAGGAAAAAUGGAGGAGGUGUCCAAGUUGCCAAUAUUAUGUUGCAAAGAAAAGUGGCUGUUCAUACAUCAAAUGCAGGUGUCGAUUUGCUUUCUGCUACCAUUGUGGAAUAGCAGCUCCCUUAACUGAUCAUACUCGUUUAUGUCCAAGCUGUAAGCAUUAAGACAAAUGCUCCAUGUCUCAGAA